AUGGUCUACGACUGGGACCGCCACCAGCAGACAUGUUACCGGCUCUACAUCGACGAGGGCAGGCCCCUCGAGGACAUCAGGGCGCAUCUGAAGAGCGUCCACGGCUUCGCCCCGAGCAAGAGGGCCUUCCAGGCGCAGUUUAGACGCUGGAACUUUCCCCCGAAGCAGCGGCCGGCGCACGCCAAUGACCGGCUAGUCAGUCGGGUCAAGGAGCUCUGGGAGAAGAACCUCGCCCAGCGGGACAUGUUGCGGGUAUUGAACGAGGAGGAUGGCUUCAACAUCAAGGCCAGAGAGCUGAUGCGCCUCAGGACGCGGAACAGGUGGCUGCUGCGGGCGCCAAACGGAGAAAGGUUCAGGAGCUGGGAGCCCGAAGGCAGCGGAGGCACUGUGGAACAAGAGCCUCAGAGCCAGGACUCGACACACGCUGUCCGAAACGAGCCCGAAUCGUUCCCCAAUGAGUCCGACCACGGCAAGCGGAACCGGCGACGGCGACGGCGCAGAGCCGCGUCCGACGACCGAGCCGGCUUGAAUGCCCGGUUCCCGUCCGAAACGACGCUCGACCAAGCUCGCCACAUCCUCGGCCUGGACCCCGCCACGUACCGCACCCUUCGCAGCACCUUUCGGCUUAUAUGUCACCAAGAGGGCGUGUCUAAGAAGACGCUCGCUGGCGCCGAGGGAUGGGAGACAGUCAAGGCGCGCCUGGUGCGGGACCUACCCCAGCUCCAGACGGCCCUGUGGACGGCCAGGGACCAUCCCGAGCCGGGUAAGCUGGCUCUCGAUGUGAUCUGCACCGACGUUACCAAAAGGAUGCGCAAUUUGGAGACGCGCAUGACGCUGGCCGAAGCUAAAAACGCGCUGGGCGUUAAUCCCGAGGAAUCGCGCGACAUGCGCGCCGACCUUCACCGCAUGCUGUCGGAGUCGUCAUUAAAGUGCAAGUCAGAGGCGAGUCCGCAGCAGUGGGAAGACCUGAAGCGGAGAUGGAGCGACAGGUCGAUUCUGGUCCAGCGAAUCAUGGAGGGCGUGAACGGCGACCCAGACUCGCGCAACAAGGUUCGAGCUUUGGAGGUUGUCGCCAGAGACGUCAUGAAGAGGAUCCGCGAUGGCAAGGGGCGCGUGGAGCAGCGAAGCACCCAGCAGCCGUCUCUCGGUGCAGACGUCUCAUCGUACGGUGAGCGGGCAACGGGUAGUGAUAAGACGAUGGAGCGUCAAGGCUCGCCAGCCGAGGGGCUUGAGGCAGAUCUGGGAGACGACGUGGGCAGCAACGCCUUUGACGACAUGUCGGAAGUGUCGCACACCUCGCAGGUGGCCUUCAGCCCUGCAAGCAGCUCCGAGAGCACCCCGUUGGAUGUCCCAGAGCGGCCACAAGCGUUGAGCCUUGCAACCCCCCGAGAGACCCUGCCCCAGGCCCCGGUCCUCGAGUCCUCCCUGUCGGUGGCCAUGGGAAUGGAAUCGCAAAUGGAGUCUUCACUUCUUCUCGGGGCCCACGCACCACCAGACUUCAUCGACGAGCCAUACGUCCAUCCCCAGUACGCUUCCACCGCGUCACCCGCGUCCGUCUUUUCGCACAUUGAGCCCGUCUCUUCUGCGUGUGCGGUGUACUUCCGCCUGCACCCGUCGUCGAGCUUCAUGGCGAGUGCAGGCUUAUGGAUAGCGACGCUGGACACCCACUCGGUAGAAGAGCUCCGGGACACGGCCGUCGAGAGGUUUCCUGGCACCAUUUGCGUGCGCGUCGAGGGCAUCCUCAAGGAUGGCAAGGGGCGCGAGCUGCCGCUGCAGAUCGGGGAGGACCAGGAGCUGAGCGCCUACCUGGCGCAUCUGCAGGGCGCGGCACCCACGUUUAGUGUGCAGCUGGUGUGGAAGACGUCCUGA